AUGGCGGACAACAACGGGCCGCGUGGUUAUCGCGACGGCGUGUACUUUGUUGACGUCAAUGCAUAUGUCCUGCCGCCUCUGAUCGGACUGCCCUUCCAUGAUAUGCGGCUAAAUGUUGUCCAUGCGGUCUUUAUGUGUCUAGCCAUGCUAGUGUUUCUCCCAUUUGCAAUCUUCCAAGCUAGAUUCAGAGCAUAUCGAAACCCCAGGAAGGCUAUUAGAUCCCAUAUAUUCUCGAACUGUUUUACCCUUCUUCUCCUAAGUAUUGGAUUUGCCUGUGGUGUAUCUGCAACUGGGAAGGAAAGGGCAUGGUCCAAUCCGCAUCAUAUCAUUGGUUUAACUAUCUAUGUUGCUAUCUGGGUGCAGGCACUUCUCGGGGCCAUUGUGCAUCAUAGGGGCAAAUUCAAGGUCACUCCGCAUCUACCUCUUAGGACUAUGCUCCAUCGCUGGCUUGGGCGGGCUGUCUGGCUACUGAGUCUUGCACAAAUCCCUCUUGGACUCACCCUCUAUGGAUCUCCCCUGUCGCUCUUUAUUUUAUAUGCUGUCUAUGUUUUCCUCCUGUUGAUGCUAUACUUUACAUCCGAGUUCUACCGGGGCAGACAACAUGGGACGGCAACAGUAACGACGGAAACAGCUUUCGAUUACCAGACCUCGGAGAAACAUGGGCACCAUGAAAGCAAGGGAUUCUUUUCGGCUGGAAAUCUAGCCAAAAUCGGUCUCGGAUUCCUAGUCGCGAAGAAAGUAAAGGACCAUUAUGCCGCCAGAGAAGAUAUGACGGCCGAUCAAAGUGAGCUUAGUAGCAGACCCGGUUAUCGGCCACCACCAGGAAGACGUGGGCAUGCAGGGUACGCUUCCAGCGUUGGAGUCACCAACUCUGAGGUCAAUGGAGGUUAUAAUCGCACAGAGCUGACCGGGUAUACCAAUGGCACCGGGUAUACGUAUGGAACUGGUUACACAAAUGGCACAGGAUAUACCAACGGUACCGGAUAUACGACCGGCACAGGGUAUACCAACACCGAAGACGUUGAAUCCAGGAUGUCACCGCCGAGGAAUUCUCAUGGCGCUGUUAAAGCUGGUUUACUCGGUGGUAUGGUGGCGGCAGGUGCCAAAAAGAGGGGUGUUGAUACACGCCCGGGGUCGUCGUCUAAUGCAAAGCCAGGUUUCUUCGCCAGCCUUUUCAAGAAAAAUAAGGGAGUCGAUGAUGGUGCUUCACCGAAGAAGCUUAAGAAAGGUGGUUUGACAGGUGAUGGUGGUUGGUUCGAUAGACGUAGGCGUAAUCGUGAAUCAGGCAUGUCUGCUGUUCAAACCGAGGACUAUACAGACUCUGAAGACGAUGAAGAGAACAGAAGAAGAGACGGAAGCCCCACCAGGCGAGCCGCUGGUGCUGCUGCUAUGGGGGCUGCAGCUGGUAUGGCAGCAGCGCAUCAUAGGGAUCGGAGAAACAAUUCGCCUUCCACAGUCACAGAUUCGUACUUCACAGACCCAAGGCCCGGCGAACGGGUUAAUUCGAUGCCGGAAACAGGCGGACUGCAAGCACCUCCACCAACUCAGAACAAUUACAACAAUUACAACAACUACAGCAACCACAGGCUACCGAUUGGUCACUCUGGCGCGGCUGGGUAUGACCCUCAUAAUAUUCAUAAUGAUCAACCUGCAUUCACAGGUGUACCUCCCCCUGCCCCUCCUUUCGGUAACUCGCCAACUCUCGGAAUACCACCUCGGCCACCUAUUCCAGCUACGUCGACCCGCACCCACAGCAGACAAGAUUCUGCGGAAUCACGUCCUAGAGGACUGGGAUUUAUUAUUCCCCCGGAGGACCCCAGUGACUCUGAAUUAUCCAUUGAACCCCACAAUCGUCCUUCGGGUAGCAGGUCUUACAGAAUACCUCAGACCGUGACUAGUGGUAGUGAAACUGGUUCAGAGAAGACACAAGAGCACUAUAUUCCGCAAGCAGCACUUCAAGUUCGAAUCAAGAAACAAGAUGGGGGCAAAACUGUUACAACUAUUAAGCGAAUGCCUAACAGGGAGCGCGCUAGUGUAGAUUCUAGUGCUUUCAGUCCCGGCCCAUCUGGUAGGCAGAGUAGUCGGAGCGUAGACCGGAGGAGAAGGGACAACGAUUACCAAGUGAUGGAAGAAAGAAGAAGAGGUGCAGAUAGCCAAUCGGAUCGAGAGAUGACCGACCAAGAAGAGCUAAAGAGAGAACGCGAGGCUAGAAGGGAAAGAAGGCGGCAGAGGAGGGAAACACAUGAGUACAAUAAUUACUAUAGUGGCGACGAAAUCCCGCAAGCCUACACAUAG